AUGUCUUCUAUAUUUACUUGCAACGAGACAGGGUGUCCGCAGAACUCCGAAAGCAGGAAAACUGGGCCUAGAACAUCCUCCUUAUCAACAGUGUCAAAAGUAGCAACGCCAAUUACGACAUCAUUGGCAUUAGCAUUAUCGUCGGAAGCUGUAACACUUCCUCCCACAUCCUCGUCAUCAAUAGUAUCAAGAGUGGCAACACUAAUAACAAAAUCAUCGUCAUCAGCAUUAUCAUCGUCAGGAGGAGAAGAUUCUCCAACAUCGUGGUCAUCAACAAUAUCAAGAGUGGCAACGCCAAUAACAGCGUCAUCGUCGGCAGCAGAAAUAAUUUCUUCAACAUCUUUGUCAUCACCAUCACCAACACCAGUGUUUUCUUCAGCACCAUCUUUAACAUCAUCGCCAUCACCACCACAAAAGCUGGCAAAUGAUGCUGUUUCAGAGCUCCAUAGCCUUAAUAUCACCAGCAACAAUUCCUUACAAGAAGCUGCAAAUGUGUUUGAAAACUUCACCACCAAAUAUCGGAAUAUGACCCUCGGAGAAGAACAGCACAGAGUAGAUAAGCUCAGAAGUGAGACUAUUUUUAAGGUGGCAGUCGCCUUCGAGAAAGUUGUUCUUAGUUAUGGCAAAUACCAUCUAAGUGGAACAAGGAGUUCAAAAAGGAUCGUUCGCGACAACAUAUGUGAGCAUUUUCAUGGCUGUCGUUUCAGAUUUGUGACAAUCGAUCUCCUUGGUAUUCAAAAAGGUUACAGACAAAAUGCAAGUAACUUCUAUCUGGAGAAACACGAAUGGCAAGCAUCUAUCAAUAUUUCCUCUGGGAAUUUUGCUGACAAUGGUUUGUAUACACUGCUGUUAUCUUUUUACGUUCAAUACCCGUUAACUCUUUGA